AUGAUGGUGUUGAAUGCAGAGCUGAAGUCCACCGACAGGAUCCUCGCCGUAGUUCAACAUUCAAGUUUGUGCCUGUAUGUUGGUAUUAAGUGAAUCAAACAGUGACCCAUAUACGCGAGGUAUAUUCAUAUAGGGUAUAUGAAUGUCUCUGAGUGUAUGCCUUAAAUAUAUAAUAUAUCAAUUAUACAUACAUUGACAUCCAGUCACAUUCAAGUCACAUGCGACAAAAAUUCCCAAACAAAAACGUUUCUCGUCUUCGUGGUGUGACGCAGACAUCUGUCCACUCUUCUUCCUCCUCCUCCUCUUCCUCCUCUCCCCUGUGUGAGUGUUUGGCGGUCUUCAUCUUCAUCGGAGGACCACCCGCAGAGGAGCAACACAUCACGCCCGCCGCCGUCCUCCUCAUCACCUCCCGACGAAGCUGGUCUCGCCGUCGUCGUCCGGCUUCAUGUCGCCGCCGGUCCGGACCAGCAACGUGACCAACCGGCGCGACGCCAAGUCGGUGGCGUCCCGCGUGUUCAUCGGCAACCUGAACACGGCGCUGGUGAGCAAGCGGGACGUGGUGGCCGUCUUCUGCGCGUACGGCCGCGUGCUGGGCUGCUCCGUGCACAAGGGCUUCGCCUUCGUGCAGUACGCCGGCCGCGGCCACGCCCGCGCCGCCGUCAGCGGGCACGACGGACGCGUCCUGGCCGGCCAAACGCUCGACGUCAAGAUGGCGGGCGAGCCCGACGAGCCCGACGAGCCCGACGCGCCCCUGAGCUCGUCAUAUCGCAUGUCGUGUUAUGUCAUCUUCAAUCCGUCUGCGUCCAGCUUGUUGGACUUCCGCCGUCGGGCGCCGCCCCCCGUCGGCGUCGAGUGGCCGCGCGUGUCGCCCCCUGGCGCCCGGAGGCCGUCGUCGCUUCCUGCGCAACAGCGGCCGCAGGACGCCGAGAUCCUCCGCGCCGACGCGACAGGGAGACGAGUUCAGCUGCGGGUCAUCAAGUCGCACUUGACUCAAAUCAAAGAAAACGUCGACGCUUUGCUGGGACGCUUGGAACACGUGACGGAAGGCGCACACGCCGGAGACACAGAGAGGACGUCGUCACGGCGACAUGACGGCGAGGAGGCCCGAGACGAAGGCGAGGAGGAGCGCCGCGGCGCCGUGACGGAAAAGCGAGGCCAAGCGGAGCGGCUCGCCGACGGAGAGCGCUCGCUUUGAUCCGUUUCACGAUUGCGGAAAACCACGCGGGCCAGGAAGCGCGGCGGUCAGCGGUCGGCACGGCCGCCGCGUUCCGGGUGGAAUCGGAGUUUGCGUGGUCAUCCCGAAACGCGGCGGCACGUUCGCGUCCUUGCUUUUGUCCGGAUGGGACCUGACAGGAAUUGGCGACCAUUCCAUUCAUUGUCUUUUUAGCGUUUAUCAUAGUUUGAUUUUUGUCUUUAACAUUUUUGAAAAUAGCCGUAUUUUUUAGAAUUCGGAUUAUUUUUGGGUCAUUAAGACUUUUUUUAUCAGCUUGUUUAAUUGUCAAUCCUUUUUUUUUUUUUUUAGUAAUGUAAUACUUUUUUAAUCGUACAACCCCAAUUCAGAUGAAAGUUGGGACGUUGUGUUAAACAUAAAUCAAAAGGGAAUCCAAUCAUUUGCAAAUCAUGUUCAAGCUAUCUUCCAUUGAAUGCGCGACAUUCAAGAUAUUUCAUGUUCAAACUGACAAACGUGAACGUUUUAGCAAAUAAUCAUCAACUUAGAAUUUGAUGGCUGCAACAGGUUCCAAAAAAGCUGGCACAGGUGGCACAAAAACUAAGUUGAGGAAUGCUCAUCAAAAAUCCCACGGGUGAACACGGGUGGGGGCCAUGAUUGGCUAGAAAAGGAGCGUUCACAAGCAAAGAUGGGGCGAGGUUCACCUCUUGGUGAACAAGUGCGGGAGAAAAUAGUCCAGCAGUUUAAGGACAAUGUUCCUCAACGUACAAUUGCAAGGGAUUGAGGGAUUUCAUCAUCUACGGUCCAUAAGAUCAUCCAAAGGUUCAGAGAAUCCGGAGAAAUCACUGCAUGGAAGCGGCGAGCCCGAAAACCGACAUUGAAUGCCCGUGACCUUCGAUCCCUCGGGCGGCGCUGCAUCAAAAAAUCGACAUCGAUGUGUAAAGGAUAUCACCCCGUGGGCUCAGGAACACUUCAGAAAACCAAUGUCGGUAAAUACAGUUGGGCGCUACAUCCGGAAGUGCAACUUGAAACUCUACUAUGCAAAGCAAAAGCCAUUUAUCAAGAACACCCAGAAACGCCGCCGGCUUCUCUGGGCCCGAGCUCAUCUCAGAUGGACCGACGCAAAGUGGAAAAGCGUUCUGUGGAGUCCACAUUUCAAAUAGUUUUUGCAAAUUGUGGACGUCGUGUCCUCCGGGCCAAAGAGGAAAAGAACCAUCCGGACUGUUAUGGACGCAAAGUUCAAAAGCCAGCAUCUGUGAUGGUAUGGGGCUGUGUUAGUGCCAAUGGCAUGGGGAACUUACACAUCUGUGAAGGCACCAUUCAUGCUGACAGGUACAUACAGGUUUUGGAGAAACAUAUGCUGCCAUCCAAGCAACGUCUUUUUUUUGCUUAUUUCGGCAAGACAAUGCCAAACCACAUUGUGCACGUGUUACAACAGCGUGGCUUGGUAGUAAAAGAAUGCGGGGUACUAGACUGGCCUGCCUGCAGUCCAGACCCGUCUCCCAUUGAAAAUGCGCGGCGCAUUAUGAAGCGUAAAAUACGACAACGGAGACCCCGGACUGUUCAACAAUGAGCGUCCUCAGUUCCCAAACGUUUAUUGAAUGUUGUUCAAGGAGAAGGUGACGUGACACAGCGGGAAACCUGAGCCUGGCCCAGCUUUUUUGGCAACGAUUCUAAAUUCAUGAUUAUUUGCUAAAAACAAUCAACUUGAUCAGUUUGAACAUGAAAGAUCUUGUCUUUGUAGUGUUUUCAAUUCAAUAUAGGUCUGCCUCACAGUUGUGAGGACCGGGGUUCGAAUUCCGGCCCCGCCUGUGUGGAGUUUGCAUGUUCUCCUCGUGGCCUACGUGGCUUUUCCUGGUUCUCCGGGAACUCCGCUUUCCUCCCACGUCCCAAAAACAUGCAUGCGAGGUUGAUUGAAGUCUCUAAAUUGCCCGUAGGUGGGAAUGGUUGUUUGUUUCUGUGCGCCCUGCGAUUGGCUGGCAACCAGUUGAGGGUGUGGCCCACUUCUCGCCCGAAGCCAGCUGCGACCCGCGUGAGGAGAAGCGCGACAGAAAAUGGCUGGAUGGAUGAUUUGCAAAUCCGCGUAUUCAGUUUUGAUGGCUGUUUAACACAACGUCGCGACUUCAUUGCAAUCGGCGCUCCAUGAUCCUCUUUUAUCAUCAUUGUCGAAGUCAUUUUUAGCUUGUUUUUAUUGCCGUGAAGAUUUUAUUUGUCUCUGACACUUCGCCUUAAGACUUCUUUGAAUCGUCAUUUGUACGGUCGUUAAUAAUCGGUUUCCUAAUCAUUGAGGCUUCCUCGUGUUUAUCAUCGUUAAAAUGUUUGUAUUGUCAUCGUUCAUUGGAUUGUAAUUGUCGCGAAGACUUUUCAUCGUUUCUGCUCGGUUGUAAAGCAUCGCCACAACUUUGUCAUGACCGCUUUUUUUUGUUUUUUUAUUAAUCAUGACUCAGACUAUUUUUUUUCUCGCCAUUCGGACAUUUUUACCAUCAUUAGCGUUCAUAUUUUUUUACCAAUGCAUAUUUUUCUUCUCGAUUGUUACUCCAUUGUCAUGAAGUUCCUUUUUUAUCCUCAAAAACGUUCUGAUCAUCCAUUUUUUUUCAUCAUCAUUUAUUUGCGUCAUCAUUUAUUGUCCUAAUAAUAUUUGACUUUUGUCUUUGUCAUUGUUAAGACUGUUUUUUUGUCUUUUUAUCGUGAUUAAUAAUCCUUUCAUCGACUCAAAUCGUCAGUCAUUUCUCUUCGUCAGGCGUACGACUCUUUUAUUGUCACUGACUUUUAUGACUCAUCCUUCCUUUUGAAAUAAUCCCGAACUCUCAUUUUUUUUUUCAUCACCUAUUUAUCGUUGUCAAGCCGUCGAGUCCCUUUUUGAUCGUCACUCGUUUUUUUUUUGUAAUGAUAUUUCAUCCCCUUCAUUGACUUCUUUCAUUUUUCCGUUCGACUCUCUUCAAUAGAUUUGCGCUUUUCGUUCAAAAAGUGACCACACAAGCGUCGGCGUCGACGUUCGUUCGGCAUGUGAGAAAAUGUGCGGCCCCAACGGUCGGCCAUCGCGGUGUUGCGUUUCAAGCCGCUUUGACGAUCAAGAAAAUUUAUCGCCGACCGGGCGGUUAAUCACCCGGAGCGACUGAUUUCCCUUUCAUCCGCCGCCCGGCGCGCUGCGCCAGGUGUGUCGUCUCCACACUUUCUUAGCGCAACGGCUCAUUCGUCUUUUUUAUCUGCGCUAUCAAUCAUUUUGUAAUUUUCUUUGAAUGCUGAGAAUCUUUUUUUCUGGUGGUUCUUCUUGUCAUUCCGACUCUUUUCUUCUCUUCUUGCUUAUCCGACCGAAAGCUUUUUGAUUGCGUUUAAGGCCCUAAUCCUAUUUUUGAAUCAUCAUUGUUCUAUUGAUCUUUUUUUUUUUUGGGGGGGAUUGUCAUUACAACUUUGAUUCAAUCUUUUAUCAUCGUGAUUUAAAAAAAUAAAAAUAAAAUAAAUACCUUCAUAUUUUUUAUGGUCAUUUAAUAAUCAUUUUAUCCUCCUAAGUCGUCAUGAAUACCAUAUUAUUUUUGGA